AACUUUUUUUACGUAUUUUAACGAAGUGUUAAAAAACCGUUGACACCGUCAACAUUUCACUUUCGGUUUCGAUUUUAGACUAUUGAAUUUUUAAAAAGGUGUUUGUCAAGUUAUAAUAUAGGAUUGUGACUUUAUGAGAGCAGUUGAUGACGUGACAAGCAAGUAUGUCAGGUGUGAGAGUAAAAGGUAUCCCUGUAAAGUGUGAAGAAAAACAUAUAAAGAUCCACUUCUCAAAACCUGAAAACGGUGGUGGUCCGAUAGAGAGAAUAUAUUACCCCUUGUUCAACAAUGAUGCUGUCGUUAUAUUUGAGAACUCUGAGACUGUUGAAUCAGUGUUAGCUAUAGAGGAACAUGUCGUUAUGAAAGAAUUACAUGUGGAAGAACUGCCUUUCCCCGAGGCUUUUACAGUAUUAGAGGCAAAGCUAGAACCUUCAGUCGCUGCCCUCAUUCAAGCAACAGACAAAAUCAAAGAUGAAAUUCUAUAUCACAUGAAUGUUGAAUUUUGUUAUGAUCAGGCAGAUUGUUUAACUGGGGUUCGUGGUAACUGGUACAUGUUAGAAUGUCUCUGGGCAUAUAUAGACAACAUUUCAAAACGACAAGCUAGAGCGAGACGACGUCAAGUUCAGGUAAAGCCACAAGCACAUAACCAGGCUGAUCAAAGUAGGCCAAUGGAAGUUGACGAUCAAAUGAUAAGCAUGCCUUCAGUUUCAAACAAAUCUGUGGCCACGGACGAACCAUUUUCAGAUGAAGACAAUAAGUUGGAAGACCUGAGAAAUGUUGGUUCUGAGACUAAUACAAAUACAAAAAUACCAAAGAAAGCUGGAACAGCUGUCAAAGAUAAGAAAUUUGGAAAAAUAGAACAUGAACUUGAGAAGAAGAAAAAACUUGAAGGAGAGCUCGAUAGCAGCAUCGAACAUUUAUCAGGUUUAGAUUUAGCAGAAACUGAGAACAGUGAAUGUGCGAGUGAGGGAACUGAGGUUAAUUCAUCUGAGAUAGUUAUCAUAAAUAACACACCAGACGACUUUCGAAGUCUUGACUUCCGGUUUGGGCCAUUAAAAGUAAGCGUUUACAGUGGAUUGAUCACCAUGGCUGAAACAGAUGCUAUUGUAAACGCUGCUAAUGGUAGUCUAGGUCAUUACGGCGGAAUUGCCGAUGCCAUUGCUAAAGCAGCUGGAGUUGAAAUGGAACGCCAGUGUGAAGAAUAUGUGAGAAAACAUGGAACCGUCCCAACUACAGAGGUCAUGCAUACAUGUGCUGGGGGUACGAUUAGUGAAAAGGUGAAAUACAUCAUGCACGCUGUAGGACCUAUGUGGACGUCAUGGUCUGAAAACAGAUGUCCUAAAGAACUGACACAAACUUUCUUGAACUGCAUGAUAUAUGGGAAUGAUGUUCUAAAGUUGCACUCUGUCACUAUGCCAGUUAUAAGCUCAGGUGUGUUUGGAUGUCCCUUAGAGAUCUGCAUAAGAUCAUUUUUGAAUGCCGUCCUCCUGUUUGCAAACGAGCACAUGAAUGAUUCCAUCCACCUGCGUGAAGUAAACCUGGUAAACAACAAUAGUGAUAACACAGCUAUGACGGUGAUGCAGCUGCGGGAUCUCUUUUCCAAGGAAACACGGACGCUCGUCCGUGAAGCCGAGCAGCAAAUUCAGCAGGAAAUAGAUGAUUUUGAAUCAAUGAGGUCCGUAAAGCGGGAACAAGGCCAGCGACUUUCGCUAGACAGAGACACAAGUUACAGUCUGGAAUCAAGAUUUGAACACACGCGUGAGUUUACAAGGGACAAGUACAAUAUUACGAGUAGGAAACAUUUAGAUCUGUCAAUAAGGGAUCAACAUCCGAUAAGUACGUCAAGCACGAACUACCCAGUACAUUAUGACAGAAAGUCAGGGAUACUUGCAUCAGGUGGCCUUGCCGAUAAGAGUGAUGUUGAUAGACAACUACUUGCACGGGAAACUAAAGUCGAUGUCUCUUCAAAAAGACAAAUGACACCCCCUCCUACUAAAAGCUAUAAUACUGAAGAAAGUGGGUUUUCAAGGGGAGCAAGUUCUAGCCGUGACUAUAGCUAUUUACAACCGGACCAAACAUACCGGUCAAAAUAUACCUGACAAAAAAGAGACUUUGUUUUGGGUGGGCUCGUUUGUUUAAGAGAGGACAAAAUGAAUUAUUUCGUUCAUAGGUUAAACGCCCUUUAUAGAAGUGAUUUACACAUCCGUAAAAUAUAUAUUUGUAGUUCAUAAAAAUAUUAAUACAUCUGCCACAACUGGCUAAAAGACAUUUAGCUCUCAUUUUUACCGUCACUUUUUUUUAAUUUAUUUGCUUUUAAAAAUCAUUGUUACAUGCUCUCUGUAUAUCUAUAUUUUGAAAAUGUUAAUAGUCGUGGACAUUUAUAUAUGUGCUUGCUGUUAGUACAAUAUGGAAAAUUUACAUUACUUAAGCGUUGUCGUCUGUGGGAAGAAUGGUCAGUCUUCAAAUUCAUUAUGUCUUGCGAACGUUAACGAGCUUUGUCAGAAUUGCACAUACUGUACAUGAUAUCUUGUCAUUUAGUCGAACUUGGCCAUAUAGUACAUUCAUGAUAUCUUGCCAUUCUGUUGAGCUUAGCCCGAUCUACAUGUUAUUGCCUCGGCCGAAUCGUACAUAUUUGAUAUCUUCCCAUAAUACUAGUAUUAGAACUUGUCCCGAUCGUAAAUUCAUGAUAUUUUGCCAAUCCAUGCAAUAUUUUAGACAAUGUACAGAAGCACCGACAUUUCAUUUGUUAAAUGGAUAAAUCUUAACGGAAAAUGUAACGACCUUGAAAUGGCUCACUACGUAGCAAUUGCGCAUGUGAUCUUUCUUCAGGGGGAACAAUUCAAUACGUGAAAUAACGUUGAUCACAUUUAGUUACUCCCCUUUCUUUAAAAGUCAAUAUGAAAAAAACUCAAAUGAUCAGAAACAUAAACAUUAGCGAAACAUCAAAUAUCAGCACAAAGUUUCGUGUUGUGAUUGAAAUGUUAAAGUUAAAAAACUAGACAUAUUUCAAGAAGUUCAGUUCCUGGAGGGGGGGGGGGGGCUGUCUGAGCUGGAGUUGGGCAAUCAAAUGUAAUCUUACAGAGCGGCUAAAAAAACCUUCAAUUUUCACGUCAUUUUAAAAAAACAGCAAGUAUUGCUUUUAGCGCAAAAAUAUAUGAUGGUGAGAAAAAGAUAACUUUUUAAUUAAUCAUAUUUGCCCUGACGUUUGAUUUCCUUUGUUUCACCUGUCUUUUCUAAAUUACGUUUUCGUUUGGUUAAUUAACAUAGGUGCCCAUCUGCUUACAAAUAAAUUAUUACUAUAGCAUAGCCCUAUAUAAUUCCUGUAUGUAGCAGACCACCUAUAUUAUAAUUCCUUUGUUAUAAAAUUAUAAUUUUUGUUUUGUCAUUAUGUUAUUUAUUUCAUACAUAUAUGCUUAGGUAUGGACUACUCAUAAAAGUUUGAUGUUA